AUGUGGAAUCUACUAAAAGUGCUUUCUAUUCCACAGCGGCACGAUUUCCUGACUCAGGUGGAGAUUUACAAGAAUAUUGCUUAUACUUGUCGCGUGGAAAUUGAGGAAAAUAAACCACGACUUCUUGCGUAUGGAAGUAAUAAAAUUCUCGCGAUCAAAGUGAUUCUGGACUUUUAUAGAGACUUUAUCAUCAGAAAUUUCAAUAAAGAAAUAUCUCAUUCUUUCUACAAAAACGUUCUUGACCUCUGCAACUCAAUUUUGGUCAGAAUGAAGCGUUUCUUUUUCCAACGCGAUAAGUUUGGCUUGGAGCUGCUGGAAAAGAUCGGCAUCUUGGCGGAAUGGAUCAUCAAGGGCAAUCCAGCGACGGCGAACAAAUUUGACUUUUUCAGAAAUCUGCUCCAUCUCGUCGACAGCUGCGCCAGAAGCAAAGAAGUUUUUAACACCUCUUUCGAACCCGAAUAUUCGAAGAAACUUGGAAUGCUACUGAAGCCUGGCUGUUCCUACACUGCUCGUGCGUCUCCGGCUAGACAGCAUGAACUGGCAGAUUUGCUCGGUCAGGAGGAGUUGGAGUGCACUGCCGCGGCAUUUCAAGUCGACUGUCUCGUCCAAGAAGACAGAAAUGCCCAACCGCAGUGGUUUUCGAAAGUGAUGAAGACUCACAAGCUGAGCGUCGAACCAUUCACCAGAUUCGCGAGAAACAACGAAAAGACAGCGGAUGUGAUGAUCGCGCGAAUAGUGAAUGAAUACUCCGCCUGGGGCUUCCUUUCCAAAGAAGACCAAAUUUUGCAUUCUCAAAUUCUCGAGGAACUCUUCUCCAUCGACCCGCAACGGUUGAAAGACCGAAAGGCCGAGUCCAGAAAGUUCAACAAGGUUUACUUGACCAUAAUAGACAAUCACGUGCGACGGGUUUUGAUCACUUCGCAGGGAAACCUUUUCGACUGCGAAUCUGGAACGAUUUACCGCGAACCGCGAGUCGAAGUCUUUGAAGCCGACUUGCAAUUGCUCAAGACUGAGCCAAGGCUGGUCUUUCUGAUUCUGGAUAAAAUAGCGCCCUCUCCUGUUUCGAGCACUCUGGUAACCACUUGUCUCAGAUGUCUACUUCUGUUGGUCAAGGAAGACAAAAGAAGCGUUCCCGACAGUCCCUACCUUCUGUUUACAAUUCUGAAAAACCACGAAAUCUACUCGACAGAAGCUCGCUACUUUUGCGCCUGCAUCCUUCUCUUGAUCGCUUCGAAAAAUGAAAGUGACCACUACUACGCCAGGAAAAGAGUAGGAGAGUUCCAAGAAGCGGUCCGAUCAGACUCCUUCGUUCAAAUUUUGAUGGAGAACCUGGCCAUUGAAGAUUCAUCGGAUAUCGCUUUAAAACUCAGCGGAAAAAUCCUCACUCUUUUUGCUCUCUUCAUUUCGAACAAAAACAACGUGCGAUGCUAUCACGUGGCGCGAAAACUCAUCAAGCAUGGAAUUUUCAAGUUCGUCUCGAAAUUCGAUGGCAGGCAGCAAGAAAUUCUGUACGAUAUUCUCAAGAACAUCUGCAUGCUCGCGAUUGUUUACAACGACCAAAAUAUUAUCAUAAACGACUGUUGCGAAGCAAAGGGGUCCCGUUCUGCCGAGUUCAAAGCGGAGAAAUCUGCUUAUUCGAUAGAAGAAGAAUGGUUUUCCGAUGAUGAAGAAGAGCCUUGUGAUGCAAGCAUCUCUUCCUCUUCAAAAGCCAACGAGUUUCCAACUAUUUCGGAGCGGGACAGAAUCGAUACCUUGGUCGAAGCGAAAUGUACAGUCUUCAAAGCUGCUGCCGAUUUUGACCACGGGAUUACAGAUGGAGCCAUUUGCGACUACGCGGCCUCGUUUCUCAACGGCGAUUGUAAAGGCGAACUCUGGCUGGGCGUUUCGAACCACGGCCAUAUUCAAGGAGUCUCCGCGAAUCUCCACCAGCAGGAUCUCUUCAAAAGCCGCAUGUUCAAACUGAUGAGGAGCAUGUUCCCGCCCGUCCAGACGCAGCACUUUUCGAUCGAUUUCUUUCAAGACACGGCCAAGUGCAUCGCUCGACUGUCAUUCACGCCUGAUGGCCAUUUGUACAGUACGCCACAGAAGCGAUGCCUGGUGAGAGAGUGGAACGAAGAAAAAGGAAUCAACUUCAUGAAAGUUCUUGAUACUUCUGAGAUCGUAAGCAAAGCGCUGAAACAAGAAGAGUCGGAGUACAGAAUCGAGAUUCACCAGUUGAAGCGUUCUCUCGAAGCGAUUAAACAAGCUAAGGACUAA